GCGACAGCGACGGAGGGAGGGAGCGCGGCAGGCAGCGGGCGGGCCGGGAGGCGGCGCGGGCGGCGGCGCGAGCAGAGGACGAGCCGGGACGCGGCGCCGCGGCAGCAGGGCGAGCCGGGCCGCCCGACCCGCCGGGCCAUACGGCAGAGCCACCUGAAGGCCAGCGCAGAGGCAGCAACUCUCCUAGGGGCUUGACAUCAGGAUCUAUGCUUAAGUUUUAGCUCUUGCUUACAAAGACCACAAAAACUCCAUCUCUGAAGCCCAGCAGCUCCACAGAACCCUCGAAGCCCCAGCCUGCCUCCUACUGCCCAGCUGCCAGCAAUGCCCUCCAGCGGCCCCGGGGACACCAGCAGCUCCUCUCUGGAGCGGGAGGAUGAUAGAAAGGAAGGAGAGGAACAGGAGGAGAAUCGUGGCAAGGAAGAGCGCCAGGAACCCAGCACCACGACCCGGAAGGUGGGGAGGCCUGGCCGGAAGCGCAAGCACCCACCGGUGGAGAGCAGUGACACCCCCAAGGACCCUGCAGUGACCAGCAAGUCUCAGCCCAUGGCCCAGGACUCUGGCUCCUCAGAUCUGUUACCCAAUGGAGACUUGGAAAAGCGGAGUGAGCCCCAGCCUGAGGAAGGGAGCCCAGCUGCAGGGCAGAAGGGUGGGGCCCCAGCUGAAGGAGAGGGAACUGAGACCCCACCAGAAUCCUCCCGAGCCGUGGAGAAUGGCUGCUGCACAACCAAGGAGGGUCGUGGAGCCUCUGCAGAAGAGGGCAAAGAACAGAAGCAGACCAACAUCGAAUCCAUGAAAACGGAGGGCUCCCGGGGCCGACUGCGGGGUGGUUUGGGCUGGGAGUCCAGCCUCCGUCAGCGACCCAUGCCAAGACUCACCUUCCAGGCAGGGGACCCCUACUACAUCAGCAAACGGAAACGGGACGAGUGGCUGGCACGAUGGAAAAGGGAGGCUGAGAAGAAAGCCAAGGUGAUUGCAGUGAUGAAUGCUGUAGAAGAAAACCAGGCCUCUGGGGAGCCUCAGAAGGUGGAGGAGGCUAGCCCUCCUGCCGUGCAGCAGCCCACUGACCCUGCAUCCCCUACUGUGGCCACCACCCCUGAGCCAGUGGGGGCUGAUGCUGGGGACAAGAAUGCCACCAAAGCAGCUGACGAUGAGCCUGAGUAUGAGGAUGGCCGGGGUUUUGGCAUUGGAGAGCUGGUGUGGGGGAAACUUCGGGGCUUCUCCUGGUGGCCAGGCCGGAUUGUGUCUUGGUGGAUGACAGGCCGGAGCCGAGCCGCUGAAGGCACUCGCUGGGUCAUGUGGUUCGGAGACGGCAAGUUCUCAGUGGUGUGCGUGGAGAAGCUCAUGCCUCUGAGCUCCUUCUGCAGUGCGUUCCACCAGGCCACCUACAAUAAGCAGCCCAUGUACCGCAAAGCCAUCUACGAAGUCCUCCAGGUGGCCAGCAGCCGUGCUGGGAAGCUGUUUCCAGCUUGCCAUGACAGUGACGAAAAUGACUCUGGCAAGGCUGUGGAGGUGCAGAACAAGCAGAUGAUUGAGUGGGCCCUUGGGGGCUUCCAGCCCUCUGGUCCCAAGGGCCUAGAGCCACCAGAAGAGGAGAAGAAUCCAUACAAGGAAGUUUACACAGACAUGUGGGUUGAGCCUGAGGCAGCUGCGUAUGCACCACCCCCACCAGCCAAGAAGCCCAGAAAGAGCACAACAGAGAAGCCUAAGGUCAAGGAGAUCAUUGAUGAACGCACCAGAGAGCGGCUAGUGUAUGAGGUGCGGCAGAAGUGCAGAAACAUCGAGGACAUUUGUAUCUCAUGUGGAAGCCUCAAUGUCACCCUGGAGCACCCACUCUUCAUUGGUGGCAUGUGCCAGAACUGUAAGAACUGCUUCUUGGAGUGUGCAUACCAGUACGACGACGACGGGUACCAGUCGUAUUGCACCAUCUGCUGUGGGGGGCGCGAGGUGCUCAUGUGCGGGAACAACAACUGCUGCAGGUGCUUUUGUGUCGAGUGUGUGGAUCUUUUGGUGGGGCCAGGAGCUGCCCAAGCAGCAAUUAAGGAAGACCCCUGGAACUGCUAUAUGUGUGGGCACAAGGGCACCUAUGGCCUGCUGCGGAGACGGGAAGACUGGCCGUCAAGGCUCCAGAUGUUCUUUGCCAAUAACCAUGACCAGGAAUUUGACCCACCGAAGGUUUACCCACCUGUCCCAGCUGAAAAGAGGAAGCCCAUCCGGGUGCUAUCUCUGUUUGAUGGAAUUGCUACAGGGCUCCUGGUGCUAAAAGACCUGGGCAUCCAAGUGGACCGCUACAUUGCCUCAGAGGUGUGUGAGGACUCCAUCACAGUGGGCAUGGUGCGGCACCAGGGAAAGAUCAUGUACGUCGGGGACGUCCGCAGCGUCACACAGAAGCAUAUCCAGGAGUGGGGCCCAUUUGAUCUCGUUAUUGGGGGCAGUCCCUGCAAUGACCUCUCCAUCGUCAACCCUGCCCGGAAGGGACUUUAUGAGGGUACUGGCCGGCUCUUCUUUGAGUUCUACCGCCUCCUGCAUGAUGCGCGGCCCAAGGAGGGAGAUGACCGCCCCUUCUUCUGGCUCUUUGAGAAUGUGGUGGCCAUGGGCGUUAGUGACAAGAGGGACAUCUCACGAUUUCUCGAGUCCAAUCCUGUGAUGAUUGACGCCAAAGAAGUGUCUGCUGCACACAGAGCCCGUUACUUCUGGGGUAACCUUCCUGGUAUGAACAGGCCAUUGGCAUCCACUGUGAAUGAUAAGCUGGAGCUGCAGGAGUGUCUGGAACACGGCAGAAUAGCCAAGUUCAGCAAAGUGAGGACCAUUACCACCAGGUCAAACUCCAUAAAGCAGGGCAAAGACCAGCAUUUCCCCGUCUUCAUGAAUGAGAAAGAAGACAUCCUCUGGUGCACUGAGAUGGAAAGGGUGUUUGGCUUCCCUGUCCACUACACAGAUGUUUCCAACAUGAGCCGCUUGGCGAGGCAGAGACUGCUGGGCCGAUCGUGGAGCGUGCCGGUCAUCCGCCACCUCUUCGCUCCGCUGAAGGAAUAUUUUGCUUGUGUGUAAGGGACGUGGGGGCAAACUGCAGUAGUGAUGAUAACAAAGUUAAACAAACAAACAAAAAACAAAACACAAUAAAACACCAAGAACGAGAGGAUGGAGAGAAGUAUCAGCACCCAGAAGAGAAAAAGGAAUUUAAAACAAACCACAGAGGAGGAAAUGCCGGAGGGCUUGGCCUUGUGAAAGGGUUGGACAUCAUCUCCUGAGUUUUCAAUGUUAAUCUUCAGUCCUAUUUAAAAAUCAAAAUAGGCCCUCCCCUUCUUCCCCUCCUUUUCCUAGGAGGUAAACCUUUUGUUUUCUACUCUUUUUCAGAGGGGUUUUCUGUUCGUUUGGGUUUUUGUUUCUUGCUGUGACUGAAACGAGGGUUAUUGCAGCAAAAUCAGUAACAACAGAAAGUAGUAAUACCUUGGACAGGAAAGGGAGAGAGGAAAAAUUCUAUAAAAAUUUAUAUAUUUUUUUGUUUUUUGUUUUUAUUUUUUUUUUUUCUAUAUAUCUUUGGUUGUCUCUAGCCUGCAGAUAGGAGCACAAACAGGAACAGAAUAGAGACCCUCGGGAGGCAGAGUCCCCUCCCAGCCCCUGAGCAGUCUCAACAGCACCAUUCCUGGUCAUGCAAAACAGAACCCAGCUAGCCGCAGGGCGCUGAGAACACCACACCAGACACUUUUCUACAGUAUUUCAGGUGCCUACCAUACAGGGAACCUUGAAGAAAACCAGUUUCUAGAAGCCGCUGUUACCUCUUGUUUACAGUUUAUAUAUAUACGGUAGCUCUGAGAUAUAUAUAUAAAAGGUACUGAUAACUACUGUACAACCCGACUUCAUAACGGUGCUUUCACAACAGCGGGAUGAGUAAAGACAUCAGCUUCCACCCGGCCUUCUGUGCAGAGGGGUCAGCCCAGGAUGGGGGAGGGAGGCAUCUCCAUAUCUGCCCCCCAUGCCCAGCCUCUCCCUGCCCAAAACAGGGUCAAGCUGAGGUGGUCAGAACCUGGGGAAGCUGAGUGUGGAGUUUAUCCAGACUCGUGCAAUAACCUUUGAAUAUAAUCUAAAAGGACUGCCUUGGUAAAAUGGUGUGAGAAAACUUUCCCCGCGAUUUUGAAUUUGUCAGCCACAUGGAAGGCUCCUCGUGGGCUCAGAAAUACCCAGGGUGAGGGAAAGCAGUCUGCCAUUAACCCCACCUGGAGCAAAUAAAAAAACAUACAAAACGUGCUGGUGCUUUCGUCUAAGUUGCCUUUUGUGUGUUCUUUUAUGAGGCCCCCACCAUCCCUUCUGCACAAGGCAGCUCUGGUCCUGGAAUGUGAUGUUUUUGGUCAUCUCUACAGACAGCAGUUUCGUACUUGGAAGGCUGAUGACACCUUUAUUAUAAUUAUUCUUACGGUUCUGGUUAUAAUUGUUUGUUUUCAGAUUUUCUUUGAGAAAACAGAAACCCAACACCCUUCCCUUUAGGUUUCAAACCAAGGUGCAGGGGGGUGGGGGUGGCAGGUGCUUCUAAGGCCCAGUGGCUCUGGUGCCCUGGCUCUCACCCCUCGGGCCAGGUGGGCCACUGGGCAGUACAGCAACAAGCUAGGUGGCCAGGGCGUUCUGAGGCCCACCCUCCGGGCCAGUCACUCUUCUCUUCUUCUUCCCCUCCUCGUAAGUCCGGUGUGUCAGGGCUGGAGGGAGGCCAGGGCAGCCUCUCUCCUCGUGUGUGUGGUUGGAAUGGCGUGUGUUUCUUUUCUAGUGUUUGGUCUGACAGCUGGGCUCUCGCCUUGAGUCGGUGCCACCUGGGGCCCACCUGCUCGCACUGUGUUCCGCUCCUACCCAGGGCAGGCAGCCCGGUGUUGGCAGUGGGAAGGGAAGGUGUUUGUUGGCCCCAAGGUGAGGGCCCAAUGGGCAGAGCUUGCCUGGAUGGAUGGAGUGUAGAUAUGUGGCAUAUAGAGAUAUAUAUUUUAUAAUGGGAGGGGGGACGGCACCUCCUGGGACCAGCAGGGGCUGGGAGGUGUGCUGUCAAGCACAUGGUCCCAAGACCGCAUCCCUAGAAAGAUGGGGCCUAUGAUAGGCCCCAUAUAAAUACAUAGAUAGGGUCAUGUAUAAGAAGUAUACGCAGUGGGGGUUGGGGGGAGUGGGCUCUGUGUUGAGCCUGGGUCCCUCCCACAGACAGCCCCACACCAGUCAGUCAGUCUAACACAUGCACAGGAACCUGUUUCUGUCUGGACGCACACCAGGGGGCUCCUGGCACACUUCUCCCCAGAAUCAGGACACUGGAGUCAGCCCAUGCAGCUCACACUUCUGUUGCCCUGAUGACAGAUAAGACUCGAAGUUGCUAGGUGCUGAAGUCAGGAAAAGGAGGAGGUUUGGUUCAAGCAGGUGCUUCCUCUAGCAGGUCUGUGUUCUAUACCUUUUGCCCCUGGUGAUGUCAAAGAUUCUUCUGUUAGCAGCCUGUGGUUACUGACCUGCAACUCUAGGCACCAGUCAAGUCAGCCCUCAACUCCCCCUACCUAUUCUCCCCAACCAGAGUCAAAUUGAAAUCUAUCUUGGUCACUGGGCUUCCAUUGGGAAAAGAAAAAAAAAAUAAAAUAAAAAUGGGACAGGGAACCUCACCUUUGGAAUAAAGCAAAUUAGUAAUUAGUAAUAAAACCAAACAAAGGCUUUGGCUCCCUCAGUUGCUGCUCAGGAGUAAGCCCAGCUGGUGGCUCGUCACACCUUGGGCUGUGACACCUCCUGCCCGCCUCUGCUCAUUUUCUCUGGAGAGACUUAAGACUACAGCUAGUUCUCCCUGCUACAGCAGGUAGAGACUGUGGCCGCAGCAUCCACGAGAGGGGAAUGCUUGCCCCCUUGAAGUCCCUGUGCUGAAUGUGACGUCCUCCCUUGCUCCAGCAGGGCUCCAUUCUGACCUGGAGUCCACCAGCACCGUGCAGGAGGACUUGGGGGGGAGGAGGGCUGCCUUAGGCAGUCCAGGGUGCUCCCUCCCCCUAUAGCCAAUGCCAAGGUCUUCCCAGCUCUUACUGGCAGGAGUGUCUUCAAGGGCCUUCCUCUUCCACUUCUGCCCACUGCUUAUGUGAAGAAGCUAGCCUUUCUCAGCGCCACCUCAGCCAGGCCUGGUGCUCCCCAGUCCUUGGGCUUAGAGUGAGGCCUCCAUGGCGAAGGAUGUGGCAUCCCCGAGGAACUGAGUUGAGGCUUCCAGGUGGCUGCCCAAUCCUGAUGUGACAAGUUCCCUAGAGUGGAUUCCUCAUGGGGCCUCUGGCGGUUUGCUUUCCUCCCAGCCCAUUGUGUGGGCUUGGUCUCACUGUAGCGUGGAGGUACCAGUUGAGUCAGGCGCUGACCAUCCCCUCCCUAGUCUUUGGGAAUGUGCCACCUUGGCACAGCUGUGAUUCCCUUCAUCCACCUCUGUUCCAAGUGGGGCUUCUGGAAUCCCGCUCAGAGGAAAGCUGCUAGGUUGCUGUGGGCACUGAGGUGGGGUUAUGGGAAGCUUGUGCUGUACAGAUAGGAGCUCACUGUGGAUGGCUGAGGCUAGAGCCAGGUCCUGGGAGGAUCCCCAGUGGGGUUCCCUGUGGGGUCUCCUUUCCAAAGAGAAGGCUUGUUUUCCCUGGAAACUAAGGUGCUAGGGACUGAGUGACAGCCUCCCUUCUGCAGGUGCCAUGUGAAGCCUCGUGCCAAAGAUCUGUGGCCCUUGCCCAGGGGAGGUUGCCGGUGCUAGCGCCAGGGUCACGGAACCAAGGCCUCCUGUGGAGGCACACAUGCCAGCGGGGUCCAAGCUGGUGCUAAUUCCUCCCCACAGGACCCAGUAAGCCUGGGAACCUGCAGUAGGCUGUAUCACUGGGGUCGGAUACCCUAUUAGAAAGCAAAGGUCCCCUAAAGAGCCUGGACCUCUUCAUUUUGGCAGCAGGGCUGGGUGUGGCAGCAGAUAGAGAGAUUGCAAGUAAGUAUCCCUGUGGCUGUUGGUAAACCGCGAAUGUGGAUUCAGGAGUGGCAGGUAGUAGGGCAAGCCGACAUUGGAAGGGCCUCCCAGCCCUGAUAGCAUCUCUCUUCCGGGGAUGCUCAGUUCCAGUCAUCACGUGCUGCGGCCAGGGUAAAGCCUCUGGUUUAGGAGUUGGGGGGAGUUAAGCUGAGUCACUGUGAAAGAAUGCGCUUAUAGGAAAACUACAGAUUGUUGGUUUCUAUAUUUCUUACUACUCAGUGUGUCCAGAGGAAAGUGAAUUCCCAGCUCUGUUUAGAUGGGUGCAGGACUACACUGUCUUCAAGAACUAUCGCUGUAGGAGCCCUGGCCCCGGGCUGUGUGAACAGUCCAGCUGAGCUUCUAAGCCGGCCCAUGUUUAGAUCUGAGUUUGGCACUUGACUGCUCGCCAUGCUUGUGAUGAGGCGGGGGCGCCGAGUUGCCCCGCAUGGCAAAGAACAGCUGAAGCCUCUCACCCCACUACACGGCAAAGGUGGUGUUGCUGAGUGAUGAGGUUGAGUUAGAAUGGCCCUUUUGACUCUUUCCCAUUAGAGCAACAGUGCCAGGUCAGGGGACGGCUAAGGAAAGGGUCAGUGAGGGUCAUUGUGAGCUCGUGCAUAUUUGUGGUAAGAGAGCUGAGGUCUUUGGGAAAUAGGGAUCUUGUAUGCAGGCUUCCAAGACCUGGCUAAAAGGCUCUAGCCCCAGGCACUGGAGACCAAGAAGUAGACCCAGAGGGAGAAAUAUGGAAGGCCCUUAGCUGGUGGGGGACUUGGCAGCUUCUCUAGGGGACCCCAGAAACUCCAGUAACUGGCUCCCCUAUUGGGUGGAGCUCAUCUGCGGGCUCAUAGAAUGGUCCUCCUAAAGCGGCCCCACCCCUGAACCUGAGUACUUGAGCAGUGGUCUAAAGUCUCACCUGGUCCCAUUUUACAGACUAAUUUGAUUGCCCAGCCCUAGAAUUCUAUAGAAACAAUAACAAAUAAAAGCUGAAAUUCUUUAGAAUAUGCAGAGGGGAGGAGGUGACUCAACAAGGUGCUAAACACAUUUUAUUAAAAAUAUAUAUUGUUAAAUUAAGUCUGCUGUCUGGACAAUGAUGUUUUGUUUUGUUUUCUUGUAGUGGAGUUUAAAAGAGACUAUUAUUUUACUCUGAUAUAUUAUUAUUAAAAAGGCAUUUUAACUUUGUACUUGAAAACUAAGUGAGCGAUUUCACGUGUUUUAGCUGAGGCAUCGAAGUAGCGGGUGCUCUCUCGUGGGAAAUCAUGUAUUCAUACUGCAAAAUAAACUCCGUAGCUGAUUUGGUAAUAACGUUUACUGUUACAGGCGAUUUCGCUUUGACCCCGGUGGCAGAGCGCUUUUACUCCACAUUCCACGCAGCUAAGUGCAGGACCUUCCAGAAUUUUCCCUCCCUUGGCCCUCUUUCUUUUUGGUUCCUCUUCCUCUCUCUCUUUUCUUAUUUUUUUUUAUUGUUGUUUGUUUGUUUUUGUUUUUUUUUCUGGUCCCAGCAUCCUUCUACCACUGUAUUUUUUUUGUUAGGGUUGCUUCUCUAUUUAUUGACAAUAAUACUGUACAUUUCACAGUCUGGUUCUGGGACAGCCAGGAGAGGCGUGGGGGCCGCACACAGCCUGCCGCACCGCCCGGCGUCCCCUUGUAUCUCUGUGUACGUGAUGCUUGUGACAUAGCUGUUGAUGAAAAUAUUAAAAAGGUCAAUGCGUACAGCAGAUGUAGAAAGUCUGUCACGUUCCGCUUCCAUCACAUUUUUUUUUUUUGUGCCCAGAAGAAUAUAAUAAAGCUCCUUUCUAAUGUACUUGUGCUGGAGAACACUUGAAUAAAUGGACUGUUUUUGUGCAAAAAGAAAAAUGGAAAAAAAAAAAGCACCGUCAUAAUGUCCUUUUGUCCUGCGUCUCCUCCCCCCGCCCCCCCAUGUGACAGCUCACAGUCCUCCAGAGGGCUGAAGUACCCAAGAGGGUGCAGGUAAUACCAGGGGGGAGUGGAUUUCUGCAGUAUCGCCCGUGUGGGUGGUAACUAGGGGCUGGGACCCAAGGACGGGGAGUUUGCUCAAGCUCAGAAAUAAGUUAGAUGAAGUUGUCUAGAAAGGCAGCUUAACUUCCGGAAACAGCAGACGUCUUGAGACCAGAGCAGGAAACAGAGCAGCGGUCUGGUCAGAUGACGAUAGGAGGACCCAGUGGGAUUUACUCACUCCAGGGGUCCAGAGAGCAGCAGCGGAGAGGUAGAGGACUGGGGCUGGGAGAAUCCCGGAAGAACCCAGGAUUUAAAGGAGAUAUUUGCAAACGCUUGACGGGUGGUCCAAGGGCCGGGACAAGUAGCCAGGCUGUUUCUGGGCAGCUUACGGGCUCUGGCAGGGCCUUGUGGUCCACCAAGUUGUAAGGUCUGUCUGUCUGUCCUGCAUAUCUCCAGCAGUACCCAGCAGGCUUGACCCGGGUGCCCACGCCUAAGGAUUGUUCAGGCUGUUUAUUCCACCAGGCUUUGGGAGGUUAGGAUGGCACGGGGGCAAACGGGAAGCCCUGCUGAACAGGUUUCCUCAUGGGCACUUUUUCUCGCUUGUUUCUUUUUUUUCUUUCUUUGACAAGGUUGUAAAUGUAUAUUUGACUUUUACGCUACUUUUUUCUUGAUGUUUUUCAAUGUUGAUGUGGAAUCUUACUUUCAAAUGGCUGCAUGGCAUUUUCUUGUUGAAUGUUUGUUUAUAUAUAUUUUAUUUUCGCUAUAAAUAGAGCUUCAAUAAACAUCUUUAUGUUUUGGCUUC